AAAACUCGUCUAGCAAACUUAAUUUAAGCGCGUUAAUAGAAUCAAACCUCACAAACAAAUACAUUUGAAAAUCCCUAUAAAAAUCAACCUGCUGCCGCUGGCAUACAAAUUUCAGUUCUUACUAAAACAGAAAUCAUGAUUUUCUUUGUGCUCCUAAUUGGAGCUGCUUCAGCAGCAGCACCCGGACUUCUCCAGUCAGCCCUGAGUAACCCCGCUGUCUUCACCAAACUGUUCUCUGAGUAUGGAGUAGCCCAGGAUAGACAUUACCUUGCACAGGAGAGGCGACUCAGAGCAGGUCUCUUCAGACAGACCCUUAAAGAGGUUGUAGAACAUAACGGUGUGGGAGAUCGAGAGGAUUGGGUGAUGGAACUUAACAUGUUCGCUGACAUGACUGAGGAGGAAAAGGCUGGUUACACUGGAUUCAACGCUUCUCAGGCCUUUGAAAGUCUUGGUGAUGUUGAGGAGGCAGUAGUUCCUCAAUACCUCUCUAACCCUUCCUCUAAGGACUGGAGAGGGGUAGCCGUAACCAAAGUAAAAGACCAAAAGAGCUGCGGUUCUUGCUGGAUCUUCUCUGCAUUUGGAGCUCUCGAAGGACACUACAAGACUCAAGGUAGCAUCCUGAAAUCUUUCUCCGAGCAAGAAGGUUUGAACUGUAUCCAGUGGAACGGCUGUAAUGGAGGCUUCAUGGGAGACGUUUUCGACUGGCUCAAAGAAUCAAACAGGGUAGGAGCAAUGAAAGAUCUCCCCUACCGUGGAAAACCGGGAAGUUGCAGUGGCAAUCGCCAUGAAAACGCUCUCAUUGCUUUCCGUGUAACUGGUUACUCUAACGCUAGAGGAGAUUCCGGCCAUGUUACUGCUCUGGCCACCAAGGGACCCCUCUCUGUCGGCUACAGUGUUGCCAGUGAUUUCUUCAAGUACAAGGGUGGAGUCUACAGGAAGUCUUCCUGUUCAGGCGGAGGGCACGCUGUGACGAGUGUAGGUUACACUGCUGACUACUUCAGGAUGAAGAACAGUUGGGGCGCUCGGUGGGGUGAGAGCGGUUACUUCAGGAUCGGGCGUGGUAAUGUGUGCGGAAUCACCGACAUGGGAUUCGCUCCUACCUUCAAAUCUACCGGUCAAACUGACAAUGGCACUGAUGAGGGAGGUGAUGACGGUGGUGAUGACGACAACAGUGGUGGUUACGGUGGAGAUUGUCACGAAGGUUUUAGGAAGUGCCCUGAUGGCAGCUGUAAACACGAGCACUGGGACUGUUAGGAUUUUUGAUGGAGUAGUUCAAAUAAAGCGCGUAGAAAUUAGAAAACUUGCAAUUUAGUUUUAUCUGAAAACAUUGACCAAA